AUGAGGACCGGUAACUCUAUGGUGUUCCGAAUGAUUCCGAUACAGCUAUACUGCGGAGAAAGGUCGUUGACGGUACUUGCCUUUUUGGACGAAGGAGCGUCCGUGACCCUGAUUGAGAAUGACGUGGCGGAGCGCCUGGGACUCACAGGAGUGAAGGAGAAGCUAACUAUUAACUGGACGUCAGACAUCUAUCGAGUGGAGAAGAAUUCGAAACGGAUGAAUUUGUGGUCCUCCGCAGUUGGCGGGAGGAAUCCUGAGAAGUUUCUGCUUCAUACUGUUAACACAGUCGAGAAGCUAAUGCUACCGUAUCAAACGUUGGAUGCUGAUGAGCUGUCAGCGCAAUACCAGCACAUGCGCGAUCUGUCGAUCGCUUCAUAUGACGGCAACAAUCGGAACGACAAAAAGCCAAUCGCCGUUCGUUGUAAACUCCGCUGGACCGCUUACGGUCCACGACAAGCCACCACGACUACUACAGGUGGUUUCUUGGGGUACCACCAGAGAAUAUCCAAUGAAGAUCUUCACGAUAUUCUGAAGAGACACUACGCACUGGAAGAGUCGAUAGUCAAGGUUAAUCACGAGUCGAUCGAGGAUCAACGGGCGCGCUUAAUUAUGGAGCAGACUACCAGGCGUGUAGGAGAUCGUUACGAAACGGGGCUUCUCUGGAAAUCUGAUGAAGUACAUUUCCCGGAUAGCUACCCAAUGGCAUUGAAGCGCAUGAAGCAAUUGGAGAAGAAGUUGGAAAAGUCGCCUGACCUAUACCAAAAAGUUAAGCGUCAGAUCGAAGAAUAUCAGACUAAAGGUUAUGCCCACCUAGCAACUGACGAAGAGCUGGCCGAUACUGAACCAGGAAAGGCAUGGUACCUCCCAUUGAGCGUCGUCGUGAACCCGAAAAAGCCCGGGAAAGUUCGGCUUGUCUGGGACGCAGCAGCAUCCGUACAAGGAGUUUCACUAAAUUCGAUGCUGCUUAAGGGCCCAGACCUAUUGGUGCCACUGAUCUCGGUAAUCGUCGGUUUCCGUGAGAAGAGAAUCGUCUUCGGUGGAGAUAUUCGAGAAAUGUACCACCAGCUAAAAAUCGUUUCUGGAGACAAGCAGGCCCAACGCUUCCUAUUUCGGAACAGCAGCAGCGAAACUCCAAGAACGUAUAUAAUGGACGUAGCCACAUUCGGCGCGACGUGCUCCCCGGCAUCAGCACAGUUCGUGAAGAACCGAAAUGCUACAGAAUAUGCAGCACAGUACCCAGAAGCAGCAGCAGUCAUAAUCGACCGCCACUACGUAGAUGACUAUUUCGACAGCGUCGACACAAUUGAGGAAGCUAUACAGCGGGCGAAACAAGUUAAAUAUAUCCAUGCGCAAGCUGGUUUCGACAUUCGCAACUGGGUGUCGAAUUCUCCAGAAUUCCUCUCGGCACUGGGCGAUGCGAAAUCUGCGGGCCCGGUUGUUUUUCAGCAAGACAAACAAUCGUCUGGAGAAAGAGUUCUCGGAGUAGUUUGGGACGUAGACUCAGACAUGUUCGCAUUCUCAGUAAGCCAUCGUGCGACAAUCAAAGAAUAUCUGUUCGAAGACAAGCGACCCUCCAAACGAAUUGUAUUGAGCUGCGUGAUGGGACUUUUCGACCCUUUGGGAAUGUUGUCGCCUUUCACCAUACACGGUAAGAUAAUCAUUCAACAUCUUUGGCGGAACGGUUGUUCUUGGGAUCAAGACAUCGACGAACAAGGUUGGAGAAUGUGGAAAGAGUGGACUACAUUACUGCCCGAUGUGGAGAAUCUACGGGUUCCUAGAUGCUAUCUGGGAGACGAACUAAGUUCAUCAGUCGAGUCAAUCGAGUUGCAUGUUUUUACCGAUGCCAGCGAGCACGCAUACGGUUGCGUGGCGUACCUGCGAUCAAUUUGCAACGGAGUGGUGAGAUGCAGCCUAAUCAUGUCUCGAGCUAAAGUGGCGCCAUUAAAGCGGCAAUCAAUUCCCCGUCUCGAGCUGAUGGCAGCUGUACUCGGAGCACGGAUGAAGCAAACCAUCAUGGAGUCCCAUUCACUGCCGAUCAGCCGCACAGUUCUGUGGACAGACUCACGGACGGUGUUAUCGUGGCUGCAAUCAGACCAACAUAAAUUCAAGCAGUUCGUGGCUUUCAGAGUGGGUGAGAUUCUGGAGUUAACCCACAUGCGUGAUUGGAGAUGGGUACCGACGAAGCAGAAUAUUGCCGACGUACUCACAAAGUGGGGUCACGGCCCCCUCUACAAAAUGGAUCAGAGUGGAUACAAGGUCCACAAAUGCUGUAUCAAACAAGUGACCGAUGGCCAUCAGUCGAACCAGUCGAAGAAACGUCAGAAGAAUCCAAAGGAAUUGUGCUUUUCCACGCGGUAG